UAGCGUUUGUUGAGCAGGACGGCAAGCUGGGUACACAAGUGGCCUGAGCGAGCUGCGGGUGGGCGGCGGUGCCAUGAACCUGGGAGAUGGUUUAAAGCUUGAAACGGAAUUAUUGGAUGGAAAGACCAAGCUAAUACUGUCUCCGUAUGAGCAUAAAUCAAAAGUUUCUGUGAAGAUGGGAAAUAAGAUCAAGAUUGCAAAAUAUUCUUUAAGAACAAAACAGACUGGACAUACUUUAAAGUCAACACAAAAUACUUACAUUGGGAGUGACAAUCUUUCUCAAAAGAAGAGCUCUACUUCAGACACUUCACAAGCAAAACGUGAAAACAGUAGACUGACAUUUUCUUCACCCAGUACGGAUUUAUGUAAGCAGUAUUCAGAAAAGGACUGUCUCCGUGUUCAAAAGGAGAUUUCACCUACAGCCUCCAGUGUACGGAAGACUGUAAACACCAGCACAGAUACCGACCCAGCAGCUAAGCAGAAGCCAUGCAGGAAGCCCACCGCCGCGGAAGGCAUGGGCAGCGGCUUGGUGUGUCUCACACAAGACCAGCUGCGGCAGAUCUUGAUGCUCAGUGUGAACCAGGGAAAUGGAUCCGUGUCCCUCCCUGAGAACGGGGAGGAGGUAACAAGUCAAGAUAGUUUACAUUUAAUCAGUAUUCCUAGUCAGCCAAAGGAAGUGAGUGUCACAGGAUUACUGCAGAAAACGGAGGCCAUUUCCCCCGUCGCACGUGAAAAUGAGCCUGUCCCCCGGAGAGCUCAAGCGGCAUCUCAGCAGUGCGAGCAGAAAGCCACCGUAGAGAGCGAAUGGAAACCAGCCGACAUAUUCAGUACUCUGGGGGAAAGGGAACGUGAUAGAAGUUUGUUGGAAGCAAGAAGAGCCCAGUGGAAAAAAGAGCUAGACGAACAGGUUGCUUUAAAGAAGAAAGAAAAAGAAGCUUCUCAAAAAUGGCCUGAACCUUGGAAACCCUCUGAAGUACUGUGUGAGAAGCUCCAGGUCCUCGAGCGAUCUAAGGAAGCAGGGCUGCUGGAGUCCCCUUGCAUCACCGUUAAACAGGAGCAGCAGAGAAAAUGGAUUGAAGAAUUGAAUAAGCAAGUAGAAGAUGACCAGCAAAGAAAAGCAGAAGAAAAACUGAUAUAUUCAAAGGGUGAGGAACAUGACAGAUGGGCAGUGCAUUUUGAUUCAUUCAAGAGUCAUCCUGGUUCUCAGUCUCGACUGUCCUCUCAGCUAACACACCAACACCUGGAGUCACUCUGCGUGUCUCCCGACACUCAGGAGCUGGCUGAUGUCAGCAGUGUUGACACACCUCCACCUGGAGUCCAGGUGGAGCCUUCAGAGAAAGAACAAAGAGCCAGGCCUGUCAUGGAUAUGUCUGUGCCACACGGUCAGAAAACAAACUUUCUCCGUUCGAUGACUGCACUCUUAGAUCCAGCACAGAUUGAGGAGCGGGAAAGACGCCGACAAAAACAACUAGAACACCAGAAAGCAAUCACGGCUCAGGUAGAAGAGAACCGCAGGAAGCGGCGGCUGGAGGAAGAACAGAGAAGGAAGGAGGAGCAGGAGGAGGAGCUGCGCUUGGCAAGGGAGCGGGAGGAGAUGCAGAGGCAGUACGAAGAGGACAUUCUCAAGCAGAAACACAAAGAAGAAAUCAUGACUUUAAAGACAAAUGAGCUCUUCCACACAAUGCAGCGAGCGCAGGAGUUGGCACAGAGGCUCAAACAGGAGCAGAGGAUCCGAGAACUGACUCAGAAGGGGCAUGAUACAUCCAGGCUGAUUCAAAAUCUCGGUGCACACGUGGACUGUAAGGCAUCCACUCCCCUCUCCAGUUCACGAGACGCCGAGGAGGCUGCUAAUGACACACGUGCAGCUGCCACUUCAACAGCCUCUCCCAAGAAGGACACUGGCGUGCAGACAGAUGACGUAAACUUAGGAAUUUUCAAUGAUGGGCUACCACACUGUGGAUCGGUAACAGAGUGGGGAAUCAGAAACCUUUCUUCUCCAGAGAUUUCUGCAGAAUUCAGUGGACAGACUGGCAUUAGGAAAGAGAAACAGGAACUAAGUAUGGAUAAAGGCACUAAUUUAGACAAAGAAAACAGCUGGUAUAACAGCCAGUGCACUCAGCAUAGGAGAACAGAGAAACAAACAAAACUCGUGAAGAAAUGUCCUAAGAAGCCUGCCUGGAAUAUAAAUAAGCCUCUCAAAAGGUAUGUUCCUGCAUCAGCGAAGUACCCUGCACAUCUCCAGAGGGAGAAAGAGGAAAGAAAGGUAAGAAGGCAGAUGGAGCUGCUUCACUUAGUGCAGAGAAACAACCCCGAGACUCUCUCCCAAAACAGAGGCACUUCACCAGACACUUUUGCUUCACCUCACCGAGAAGCGGAGUCAGAAAUGAGGUCGCAUCUUCUCAAAAAGGUAGAAGAACCUCUGGAAACCUCGGUUAGUAAAGAAAGGUUUCAGACAUCGCCAGCAGUAAAAAGCAGAACUCAACAAACUCAGAGUAAUAUAUUACACUUACCACCAAAAAACAGUGACUAUGAAAAAGAGACUCUGACCUUAGGAGAUGGUCAUACUAAAUUGUCAGAUGAGGGGUCUGAGCCAUCCCAUUUUAUUCCCUAUGUUCGAACAAAUGAGAUCUAUUACCUUGAUCCAGACGCACCCUUGUCUAGGCCUUCAACUCAGGACAACCAAUACCAAAAAUCUCAUGAUUGUGGUCGAGGACAAGAGCUAUUUGACUCUGACCAUAUCAGGGAUCCACUCCUUAAUCCUAAACUGGUGAAAAGCAGGGACCGCCAGCAGGCCAUCCUUAGAGGGCUUUCGGAGCUAAGACAGGGUCUUCUCCAGAAACAAAAGGAGUUGGAAACGAAUCUCAUACCCUUAACUGCAAACCAAGAAGAUAAUUUUAGUUCUUCGUUUUAAAUAUGCUCACCAUGCAACUGCAUUUCUCAAGCACCCAAUGAAAAACUUCACAUUAUGUAGUGAAAUGAUGUAUUUUCUAAAUACAAUAAAAAAGUUUAUAGUUUA